CGAGCCACAACAAAAACAACAACAUAGCUCAGCUGUUCGGCAGCUAGCCGGCCUAGUUACUGAAUACUGUUCUUUACAGUUUUUAACAUUUGGGCCUUGUAGGAACUAAUACUCUCGGAUAUAACGCUAGUUCUGUGAAAUACAACAAUGCGUAGCAAUAAGGUUUAAUUUCAAACUCCUUUGUCUCCUCUCUGCUAGCUUCUAGCAGGUUAGCUUAGAAAGUGAGGACGGGGAGGGAGCCUGUUCCACCAAAAGGUAACCACACCACACACAUGAUCCCCUCUACAGCCCGUGAGGGGAGAAGUCUUUGGGUGUGUCCCUGUCGUUUUGGCAGAAGCUGGGAGAUAACUAACAGCAAAGGAGAGCAAAAUAACGGCGCUGCCAGAGGACCCGAGUCAUGUUACAGACCGAAGUGUCCCUGAAGCGAACUGAUUCAAUACGGCGAUCAAAUACAUCACCAGGAGAGAGGUAUUUAUGGCAAAGCCAGACCACAAGACCACCCGGUGGAGAUUCUGAACUCUGCCAAUGACAACCAAUAUCAUUUCCUCAACCGUCAUCAUGUCACCACGAAAAAAGCCCCUGGUCCCAGUAAGCAGCCGGCGGAAAACCGUGGACGACUACUUUCCUUUCAACUUCCUGCCGGUGGAGUGCCAGCUGCACGUGCUGUCCUUCCUGAACGAGGUGGAUAAAUGCAGCUGCGCUCUGGUCUGCUUGAGCUGGAGCUGCAUCGUCCGCUCCUGGAAGCUGUGGCGGGUGGCGGACUAUUCCCGCCGCGGCGUCUUUCACCUGGGUCAGGAGGGGCUGCUCGUUUCCAACCGCGAGUUCGAGAGGUGGAAAUCCUGGGUGCACCAUUACACCCACCACCUCAUCUCCCGCAGGGCCAGCCUGCUCACGCUGAAGGCCAGCUUCGACCUGGGGGACCGCUGCAACAAGUGGGGCGAGCUGCUGAGUCACCUGCUGGAUAACGUCCACUGCAGAGACCUCAGCCACCUGGACCUUAACUGGACCUUUACUCUUCUGGAGCCGCUGGACCUCAGGGUCCACUCCAGCUCCAGUUCGCACCAGGACAGCAUUACCAAGAUGGACCAGGUGACCAGUUUCCAGGAGCUGCUGACCAAACUCACCCACAGCUGCCCGCGCAUCUCCAAGAUGCGGUUACACUUCGACUGGUCGGAUGUCUCCGUGUCGCUGCUCACCCAGUUCCAGCAGCUCCGAGUCCUCGAGCUCAAAUACUUCUGGGUCUUUAAAGGAGUGACCCCCUCGACUCUGCAGACCCUAACCAAAUCCCUGCCUAACCUCAAGUCUCUGACUUUACACAUCCUGGUCCCGCUGAGGAACCUGGGCAUCUCGUACACUCUGGAGUCUCAAGCCCUGGAGUUCCUGGACGUGUCGCCCAGCCGGGGCUUGGUCUUUUCCUGCCUGAAGCUGCCCGCCCUGCGCGAGCUUCGAGCAAAAAAGAUCGUCCGCGGCAUCACACUGGACCGGAGGACCAGGCUGAGGAUCCAGAGCCGGUGGCCCUGCCUGUACCACGUCCUCCGGGAGGGGACGCCAAAGCUCCAAGCCCUCAACAACGAGAGGCUACUCCCCACGUGGAGAGAGGAGAGCUAUGGGGAGCUGUCUGCCAUCCUGGAACAGUCCUGUUACUGUGUUCAGCAUCUGGACAGCUGGCUGUGGUAGCCAGAUGUGUGACAUUAGAGGAAGAACAUUCCAUAGCUGGUCAUUGGUUGGUAGAAGGCAAUAUACUGCUUCUACACACACCAUUUCUAUCCCGAUUUGAAUGACUGUACUCACACAUAUUUGCACAUAUUUGCAGAUAAAACUGAGACUUGAAGUGAAAUCAAAGGACUGCAUGUUGUUUGAACACUAAGUACAACUCUACCUGAGCCGAGUGUGCAUGGCCCAUGUGUGGAGAAAACAAGACUAGAUGACAGUGUAAUGGCCACUUAGAGUUGUGGAGAAUGCCUUUUAAACUCAGCCUCUUCAAAGACAAAGCUGAUGAGCACGAGGGCCGCUGUUAAAGAAAAAGAAGUUGUAUUUUCAAGAAGACGUUGUCAAGAAGAAAGCCCUGAAACAUUUUGUGAAAAAAAGUUGAAAUGCUCUGAAAGAAGAAGAAUGAGAAGGAGCUCUUGCAUUUCAAGAAUAAAGUCCUGAGUUUAUUUUUAAAAUAUUUGCUAUGUAAUGAGAGAAGAAUGAAAAGUCGUUAUUUUAACAAUUAGUCGUAAUAUUAUGAGUCAGCCCGGUCAGAGUGUUAAAAUAUAGCGGAAUAUUUCAAAUUUACUCUCAAAAUAUUACGCUUCUAUUCUCAAAAUACUUUAUUCUCAGUAUCAGAGCGCCAAGUAUAAUGCUUUCUCAAUUGUAGAAAACUGACAUGUACUGUAUUGUAAAUGUAACCAUUGUUAUCAUUUUGGUUGAAUUCAGUUGCAUUUAUCCUCAGAGACAGUCAUCUACUGCUUCCAUUUGAAUGGCUGUAGAGAAAAUGAGCCUUUUACUGGAAAACUGACCAAACGGCAGAUGAGACCAGCUGUGCACACGUAGUAUAUUUGAAACUGAAUUUAAUCCGAUCAUAUGCUCAUGAAAUACAUUCAUUAACUGUAUUCUAAAUAAAACAUUUGAAUGUUAGUAACACGACAUAGAUCAAAUGAUCUGUGGAAAGUAAAGACAGGACCAGUACAGGACCUAAAAGUGUCUCAAAAUGGAUGGGUGCUGACACUGAGUCAGCAGAAUCAAGUCCUCUAGACCAGUGGUUCCCAACCUGGGGAUCGCCAAAUCUUCAUGGGGUCGCGAGUCCAUCUUGAUUUUAAGUUGUGGUAGAAAGAAUUACACACAGUAGGCCUAUAUCUCAGCAUUUAGUUCACUUCUAUGAAGAAAAUGUAAAAUAAAUAAAAGUAAAAAUAUAAAAAGUUUAGUCUAAAGUCUAAAACAGGAAAUAAUCUGCUCAGAAUUCAU